AUGUUUAAAUGGAGUGAAGUCUGGCAGACUUUAUGGGUAGCAAUACAAAGAACACUAGUGCUAUUUAUGGGAAUAUACAUCUUCUUUGCAUAUAACACAGUAUAUUCACUAGAAAUGCUUGAUAGUGUCUCAGUUGCAACCCUUUGCAUAUUCAUCGUCUAUCAGAUACUUAUCCUUCUAGUGGGAUUCUCCUUCCUGAGAAUGACCAUCUCAAAGAACUGCACGACACUAGAGCUUUUCCCAGAGAUAGUUGGCAAAGACAGUGACUCGGAUGAUAGCAGCAUGAGCAUCAAUCCCUUUGAGAAGGAGCACAUCUUUGCAUACAGACACGAAAUGAACAUAUGUGAGAAGUGUAAUACUUCGCAGCCUAUGCGCAGCUAUCACUGCGACAAGUGCGACCACUGCAUGCUUCUUAUGUACAAGCACCUAGUCUGGUUUGAUCUAUGCAUUGGGUUUACAAACUACAAAUUCUACAUUGUCUUCUUAUUCUACCUUCUCCUUCUGGAUCUAGUUGGCCUUGGGUGCUUCAUUCAGUCUAUAGCCACUCCAGGGACAAAAAGAGAAACACUUGCUCCAAUUGUAGUAGGAAUUACAAUGCAGGUAAUUGCUUUGUUAUUCACUGUCUGGUACUUGGCAGAAGGAGUGUACUCCAUAUGCAUCAAUCAAACCCCGCAGGAGAGAAAAUACCCUGCAGAAAAUACAAAUAUAUCCUACAACAUGGGAUAUUAUCAGAACUGGAAGAUAAUCAUGGGAGAGCGUUGGUAUAUGUGGUUUAUUCCCAGCUGGUCAACCCAAGGAGAUGGCCUUAAAUUCCAGCAUACGCGUAAGGUUGAGCCUGAUGUCUAUGAAGGAGAUCUUCUUAGCAACAACAUGUAG